UUCACAUCACACGUUACAGAAGCUUCUCUUUUGCGCUCUCCCUCUCUCUUCGUUGCCUCUCGGAGCUUUUAUUCUCCGUUGAUGGCGAAGAAUAUUCUGGUGACCGGAGGUGCCGGUUACAUCGGCAGCCACACGGUGCUUCAGCUCCUUCUCGGUGGCUACCGCACCGUCGUCCUCGACAACCUCGACAAUUCCUCUCCCGUCGCGAUCCGCCGCAUCAUGGACUUGGCCGGGCAUCAUGGCAGAAAUCUCACCUUCCACCAGGUCGACCUUCGCGAUAAACCCGCUCUCUCGAGAGUCUUCUCCGACACGAAGUUUGAUGCGGUGAUACAUUUUGCUGGAUUGAAAGCAGUCGGUGAAAGCGUGAAGAAACCACUGCUCUAUUACAACAACAAUCUCUACGGGACAAUUACACUGUUGGAAGUAAUGGCUGCACACGGGUGUAAAAAGCUUGUAUUUUCAUCAUCGGCUACCGUAUAUGGCUGGCCAAAGGUGGUUCCGUGUACAGAAGAGUUCCCCUUAUCUGCAAUGAAUCCUUAUGGAAGAACAAAGCUCUGCAUUGAGGAUAUUUGCCGCGAUGUCCAACGUGCUGAUCCUGAAUGGAGAAUCAUAUUGCUGAGGUACUUUAACCCUGUUGGCGCGCACCCUAGCGGUCACAUUGGUGAGGAUCCUCGUGGAAUUCCAAACAAUCUCAUGCCUUACGUGCAGCAAGUUGCAGUUGGAAGGCUGCCUCACCUAAAAGUUUAUGGAACCGACUAUAAUACAAAAGAUGGCACCGGGGUACGUGACUACAUUCAUGUGGUUGAUCUAGCAGAUGGCCAUAUUUCUGCACUUCAAAAGCUAGGAGAUCCUAAAAUAGGUUGUGAGGUAUACAAUUUGGGAACUGGGAAAGGAACAACAGUUUUGGAGAUGGUUUCUGCCUUUGAAAAGGCUUCUGGAAAGAAAAUUCCGCUUGUGAUGAGUGGACGAAGACCGGGUGAUGCUGAGAUUGUAUAUGCUUCGACAGAGAAGGCCGAGCGUGAACUGGACUGGAAGGCGAAGAACGGGAUUGAAGAGAUGUGUAGAGACCAAUGGAACUGGGCAAGCAAUAAUCCGUACGGCUACGACACUCCCACUCCUACCUAAUAAACAAAAAGGAGAAAGGAACGAAUCUCAUCGCUAUGCCAUGUGGGGAGUAGUUAUUACAGUUGAAGAGGAACCGACCACUCACUUUACUCAUUGUUUUGUUCUUUGUAAUUGAAACCUAGCCUCUCCCUAUAUUAUAUACACACACACACACACAGGUGAUGUGUUCUUUGUUGUGUAAGCAUGGCUCUGUUGCUUGAUUCUUGUUUUUUGUUUUUCUGGGUCUAUAUUCAUUUGUUUAUUCAA